AUGGUGAUGAAACGAGGGACAGAAAGAAAAAAAAACGCAGGCAAAAAUAAAUCGCAGUGAGCUUUUAAUCGAAAAAAAAUAGGAGAAUUUCGUUGAAAAACCUGAAGCAUGCAGAAAUCGUCUUCCAAAACCAAAACUGGUAAACUUGCCGGUGUUGGCGGCGCCGAAAGCUCCGUCUCCGCACGCUCUCCACGCACCGACCAAUGCUCCACAAAUCACCGCCGUCCUACCAGCGGUACACACGUUUUUCAUGGUUCUUCCUAUUGCACGCUACACUACGCGGUGAUUCGUUGCGAGGCUGACGACGAAAGUUAGGCCAGGGGGCCGAGAAACUGAAAACAAGAGUAAUCUAGGCCACUUUUAGAAUUUUGCGAUUUUCAGGAACUUUCGAUGCGUGCCGCCGGUGAAGAACUAAUUCAUCUUACUCGUUCUCUUCGUCAAUGUGCUUUUUGUGAUCAAAACUAGCAAAGAGCAACGAAAAACUCGCUAGAAGUUCUGAGGAUCAGCAAGAAAACAGCUGUUUUUAUCAUAACGAAGUCAUUCCCAAAAAAUUAAGCAAAAGGAAUCAGUAUUCUUCGAACAACACGCACCUGAAGCUUUGGUGUGCGGAAAAAGGCUUGGAAAGUUCACGGGACAACUUUCUCCCUCUCUCCACUGCACCCUCGCAAAGAAUCACCGCGCUCUAGCAAGAAUCUUGUUAAGCAUUUGCUACUUUGUCUAAAAAUUCUGUAAAAUUUCAGGCUCCUCCAACGUCAUCCGCUCCGGGACCGAGCAAAGCUCCAUCGCCGAUUACUCCGAAAAUUGUGGCAAAAGAGAUUCGGGAGCCGGUGCAAAUGAAAGCGAAACGGGUAAAAAUCGAGAAUUUAUCGAUUUUUCACGAAAAAGUGCCAAACCUUGUGCUUCCAGACGGUCGCACAGACGGUUCCAGUCGUUGCGGACCGCGAAAUUGCGCCGAAACCGGGUCCGGCGACGGUUCGCAAGAAGAGAAAAUCGAGUUCGAGCAACUCCACCGAUAAGGUGAUUUUAGAAAUUAUCAGAGAAAAAAGUCACAACAAAAACCGUUUCAAUCUUUUGAGUUCAGUGGGUACUAAUGAAAAAGCGAUUAAAAAAUAAAGUUGCAGACGUCGGCGGAGAAUGAUUCGAAGCAAGCGGGACCGAUUGGGAAGGCGCCGCCGUCGCACACUUCCUCCGAGACGGACGGAUCGAAGGAGCCGUCGGAAACGGAUUCGAACAAGCGAAUGUCAAAGUUUAACAAGGAUUUGGCGCAAAAGUUCUUCAAAGAGAUGAUCGAAUCGCAGAAGGCGAAAAAGAAGCGGAAAACGUCCGACGAGAGAGAGGUUUGAGGAGCGAAUUUGAAAAAAAAUGCAACGUUCAAAACAUUGUUCGCGUAGUUUCCAAUUUCAGGCCUGAACUCUCAAACCAUACCAGAUAAGAUAAUCCUUCAAGCUUAUUAAGAUUAUUAAGAUUUGGUAAGAUUAUUCGACCGAACCGAACAAUUUCCAGAGAAAAAUACGUAAAUACAAGCAUUUCGAGCGGUCGAACAGCAAAAUGAUUGAAAUUUGAGAAUUCUCAACACAAAACUCGAAAAUCGAUUCAACUCUUUUUUGACAUUAAUUUAUGGUAUUAAAUCCGCGGCGGAAAUCACAGUUUUUUGGCUAAUUUGUGACGAAAAUACGAAAAAAUUGGGAUAAAUUUAUUUUAGUUCGCAAUUUCAGCGAACAAUGGACACAAUGCCGGAAGGAUCGCAAAUCAACAUGUCGGCGCGGGCGCUCAAGAAAAAGAAGAAGAAGGAGGCGAAGAAGGAGCCGUCGACGACGUCAGAAGUGAAUUAUUUCAAGCCGAACGGCGAACCCGUGUGGAUGGUGGCCGAGCUGGCGCCCGGUGAAGGCGAAAAAGACGAGGACGGGGUGGUGAUUUCGAAUCCGGAACUGGUUAACGCACUCGCCGAGGACGAUUUGGAACUCGAGGAGAAGGACUGGAUUCGGCUUUCGGACGCCUACAUGCAGUGCGCGAUGACGGCUGGCAAACGACUGCCGGAAGAGUAAGUGUUGUAUUCGUGGGAGUCGAGAGAGUUCGUAGAAGGGGUUUAUUCAGGAGAGAGAAUAAGGAUAACCUCCGGGUGGAAUAUCGCUAGGGGAACAUGUCAGGGCUGGGCAAAUGGCCGGCCAUGGCCGGCCAUGGCUGGCCAAUGAAAAGCCCUGGCUGGGCUAGUUGCAAGCGCGCUCCACUGCAAAAAAGCCUUGGCCGGCCAAUGGUACGUAAGCAAUUCGGUUCACUGAGCGGUGUUUGCACACAAAGCAUUUUAAAUAAAGAAAAAAACGUGUUUUCGAAAGGGUUUUCUUUUUUUUCUAAGUUUUUUCACUUCAUGAUCAAAUAUUUUCACAGAAAAAUGCUCUAUUCGAUGAAUUCGAUUCAUAACGUUGUUCCCAUACAUUUUUUCUUUCGUUUUGUUCUCAUGCAUCUCGUUCUCGUUAAUUCUGUCGUUUUCUUUUAUUUUUCUCUUCACUUCUGCUAAUUUUCGAAAUUUGUCAGCUUUCAUUUCAUCGAAAUUUAAUUCACUUACUUUCUUUUCACCUUGUUUCUACUUUCAAGCAUGUCUUCUUCUCAUUUUAAAAUAAUUUCUUCGAUUUUUUCUUUAUUUAAAAUGCUUUGUGUGCGAACACCGCUCUGUGAACCGAAUCGCUUACCGUACCAAUGGCCGGCCAGGGCUUUUUUGCAGUGAAGCGCGCUUGCAACUAGCCCGGCCAAAGCCUUGGCCGACCGCUGGCCAGCCAAGGCCGGCCAAUGUUUUGCCCAGCCCUGGAACAUGUGGAUAAAAGAUAAAUAUAAUAUUUUGCGGGGUGCGGGUAGUUGUAGAUCAAAAGAUACGGUAGGUCAAAAAUAUAUAAUUGUGGGCCUGAACCCAACAAUAAACUUCGAUAAUUUCCUUUAAAAGAAAACCGUAAAAACGUAUGAUGAUGGGCCUUUUUGGAGCUACCAAUUCGACCCGUUCGGACCGCUCGAAUCGAUCGAAAAGACGAGCGAAUAUGUGAGUCAGGAGACGGUCGGAUAUCUCACAAUCCGCAAUCUCGUUGAGCUUUCUGAAGGUACACAUAUUUUAUUCUCGAAAAAAAAGUUACAAACAUUUUCAGAAGCGCUCAAACGCUUCAUGAACCGAAAUCAGGGAGAGGAUCGGAACCGUCAGUUGGGCAGUCGGACGCCGUCGACCACCGAUUCCGUCGAGACUGGUGAGCUUCCUUCGACAUAUUCUAAAACAGAGCUGGGCAUUUGCCGGCCUGUCUUUUGGCCCAUUCCUAGUCGACCGAUCGGACCCAAAAAAAUUGUGGACAUUGCCCUUGGUGUGAAGUGUCUCCAGGACAAUUUUGGGCCCAAAUGGAUCAUGUCAGCUAAAAAACACAGGCCGGCAAAUGCUCAGAAUUCAAAUCGUUACUUUCUCAGGUACACUGGAGACGCCCGCCGUUUUGAACACGGAAAAAUCGGAGGCACAGCUGAAAACAGGUCUAUCGACUCAGACGGUCACUUUCGACGUUCGCAAUGUCAUUUAUUUGAGUUACGAUGUGAGUUUCGUGCAAUUUGCACAUUGCUCCUAAAAAUCUGACAUUUUCAGCGUCAAAACCCGCUGAAAUCGGCUCAAAAAUUGCGCGAAAAGACGGAUUCGACCGAGAAAACGACUCAGGAGAUUACGAAAGAAAAAUGA